AUAAACUGAUAUGAUUCUCUAUCUUCAAAACCGAAAAAUAUUAGAAUUGUUUUUUAUAAUAUAUCAAAACUGUGUAGAAUUUAAGGAUAUUUUAUAAUCUUUUGAUUCUAAUAAAGCUGGUUGAGUAUCUAGUUAUGGCAUCCAGAAAGAGAAGUUGAAUAGCUUCUAAGUAUGCAUGUUCAAUAACCCAUGGUACUCUAUUUCUUACCCACUUGUGUACCAAACAAAUCGCUGGACGAUCUUUUUUAUUCCCAUUAUAUAUGAGAUAGCUUCCGUAUAUUUUUUGAACAUAAAUAAAUACUCUUUAAAAUACUUACUUGCUUUAAAUUCAUCUGGUUAUUUAUUGUACUCAAAUUAUUUUUCAGGUCAAUUUUUCAGGAAAUAAACAUUUGAUUACGGAAAACUAUUAAAUUUUUUUGGAAAAAAAAGCGAUUUACAUAUUUUCUACAUCUACGAAAAUGUAAUUAAUUCAUCUCUAUUUCUAAUAAACAGAGUUAAAAGUUUCUUCACUUGUAAUUUUUGGAUAUUACAAAAAUCUAAUAUUAAUUCCAUAAUUUUGAAAAUUGUAUGGCUGCUGUGUUUACACUAAUAGCUGAUUAUGUACUUGCUAAUAACAGGCAGCUUCGAAUUAAUACAAGAAGAAGAAGGACUACUUUUAGAUUACAGAUAAAAAGCUAAAUUUUCAAUGUAUUUUUCGCUCAUUAAGAGUAUAUUUUUUACUUUAAGAAUGAUUUCAAAAUGAGCCAAAUAAGUCCUCGAUUCAAGCAUAUAUUAACAGUUAUCAUUAUUAUUGCGGUAUUAUUUAUUUUGAUACGAUCAUUUCAUGGAGCUAGUGAAGCUGAUACUGAAGAGAAACAAUUAGCUUUACUAAAAUUUCCUGAAGAUGUUCAACGUGCUACAUAUUUACUCAAUGAUGCUUAUCAUAAAAUUGAAGCUCUAGAAGAAAAAAUAAUUUCAUUAGAAGGCAGAGUACCUAAGACUUAUCCUGAUGUGAAAUUUUUGAAUUAUUUACAACGUAAAAGAAUUUUGAUCACAGGAGGAGCAGGCUUUGUAGGAUCUCACUUAGUGGACAAAUUGAUGUUAGAAGGACAUGAAGUAAUUGUCGCUGACAAUUUUUAUACAGGAAGAAAAACAAAUGUUGAACAGUGGAUAGGACAUGAAAAUUUUGAACUUAUCCAUCAUGACAUUGUAAAUCCUUUGUACAUCGAAGUGGAUGACAUAUACCAUUUAGCUAGUCCAGCUAGCCCACCACAUUAUAUGCAAAAUCCCGUCAAAACUAUUAAGACUAAUACUUUAGGAACUAUAAAUGUUUUAGGUUUAGCUAGAAGAUUGAAUGCAAAAGUUUUAAUAGCAAGUACUUCAGAAGUAUAUGGUGACCCUGACAUACAUCCACAACCAGAAACAUACUGGGGCCAUGUGAAUCCCAUAGGACCAAGAGCAUGUUAUGAUGAAGGUAAACGGGUAUCAGAAUCACUGACUUACGCCUAUGCCAAACAAGAAAAUAUGCAAGUACGAGUAGCUAGAAUUUUUAAUACUUACGGACCAAGAAUGCACAUGAACGACGGAAGAGUUGUAUCCAAUUUCAUAUUGCAGGCACUUCAGGAUGAUGUAAUAACAGUAUAUGGAUCUGGAGAGCAAACACGAUCCUUUCAAUAUAUCUCUGAUUUAGUAGAAGGCUUGGUAGCUUUAAUGAAUUCCAAUUAUUCACAACCAGUCAAUUUGGGAAAUCCUGUAGAGCAUACAAUAAAUGAAUUUGCUACAAUAAUAAAAAAUCUUGUUGGUGGUAACAGUAAAAUAGUUCACUUAAGUGAAGUGGAAGACGAUCCGCAACGAAGACGACCCGACAUUUCUAGAGCGAAAAAGAUUCUUAAUUGGGAGCCAAAAGUCGAUCUAAAUGUUGGACUUCAAAAAACAGUCGAGUAUUUCAGACAAGAACUCAAACGAUUUAGAUACACUCCUAAGAAUAAAUAUCUUUAUAAUAACUACCAUCCUUAAUUAGAAUUCUUAUAUAUCCUUAUUUAAAAAAUAAUAUAUAUUUGUUGAACAUAGCAAGAAUAUAAAGGACUCCCUUUCUCAAAAUAUUAACCAAAGAAUAAUACUGCCACAUCCAAUUAUCAAAAUAGAAGUAAACAUAAAGAAAUGAACUAAAUUUUGUUGCAGAUAUUUGUUUAAUUGGAAUAAACGAAUAAUGUAAAUGUCACAUAGAUAUUACAAGGGCUCCUAUUGAAUAUUACAGAUAUAUCACUGCUUUGAUUUCUCUAGAAACUCCGCCGUGACCUAAGACAUUUAAAUAGGUUAUAUUCAGCGUUGCUUCACAAUCCGGCCGUAAAAUUAAAUUCCACAGAUAUUCCCAAUCGAUAAUAGUGUGCGUGUACUUUACUAUGCCGUUUCUAAAUCAGUUUUACCUUCUGUAUAUUUCUCAUAAUUUCGUUUUUCCGUCUUAGUGAGAUAUCUGUAAUAUUUAAUGAGGGACAAAGGAGUUGCAUGCGGCCAUUUACAGAAUAACCAAAGCAAAAUUAAAAAUAUUUAAUUCUCAUGUAGAUAUUCCUUUUAAUUUUUAGCAAACAAGUCAAAUUAAGUAAAAAUUGUCUGUAUUAGACGUGAUCUACUGUAAUAUAUUGACGGUCUGUUAUGAGGUUGAUUCAAAUAUAAACCGGAGUUUUGCUAUAAAAAAAUUUAUUAUUAAGUUACAGAGUUGACAUUUUUUACAGAUUUUCUAAGUAAUGUCCGUCACACUUUGUCACCCUUUCAGAUGCCUUUUUCGUAAAAAUCUGUAACAAGUCGCAUACGAAGGAUUCUACUUCCUCAUUGCUUUCAAAUAGUAGUUCUCCAAGUGUCUUUUUCAAUGAGCCAAAUAAAUAAUAGUCACAUUGCGACAAAUCGUGACUACAAGGAGGGCGUACUAGUGUUUCCCAACUAAAUUUUUUCAACAUUUCCAUCUUAAACCGAACUGUAUGCAGUGUUACGUUUCCUUGCAGCAAUAUCGCACUAAAGAUUGGAUUAUAGCGACGUUUUGAUCUAUAAACAGGUUUCACCGUACUUUUUAGAAAGUUACUAUAAUACGGUGCGUUCACAACUCGUUGUCCAAUGAUAAAAUCAAUCGGAAUCACUGCUCUCAUGUACCAAAACACAGUACACAAUACCUUCUCCACUGACAGUGUAAUUUUGUUUCAACUGGCGCGCCUAUGUUGAUGCCCAAUUCUUAUGCUUUAUCGCGUACAGUACUGCAUCGGGUUCCCAAAAUGAGGUUUUCUAAAGCACUGAUGUUCUAGAUGGUUCUGAGGCAUAUGGCAAAUUUGCCACCACUUCUCAGCCUUAUUGGAAUUUUUUGCGGGUUUAUUCACAAAUUCCGGUUUAUAUUUGAAUCAAUCUUGUAUUUGGCUACAUUUACAGGGCGAUAUUGACGGUCUAAUUGACUUAUUAAGAGCUAAACGUCAGUGCGUGGUUUAAUAUUGAAAAUGUAUUUCUUCAAUGCAUAGAAAUCAUGUUUUAAUGAAUUUUGGAACCUUUUGUCUUUCUACAUUGAGCUGUACAAAGGAAUAUAAAUAUAAGAAAGUAAUAGUGAAAAUAAAAGUUUGCACUAUAUCGCACCGCCGCUAAAAGAGAGUCACAACUCGAAAAAAUGCUAUUAAAAUAUUUAAAUUGAUAUCUCAGUUUUUCAGUAACUAAGGUAACUUGUUGAAUAUUUAUUUUGUUUUAUUUUGGAUAGAACGUUAAUCUGUAUUUUUGGUAAAAAAGUGACCAAGUUGUGACAGUUUUUUUAGAAUAAACAUCAACUCUUUUGGAAAUUACCCAAAAAAUGUUACAAAAUACAAAAAUAAAGUAAAAUAGACGUUUAUUACAAGACGUUACAAAACGGCGAGUAAAAAUUUAGGGAGAUCUUUUUUUAUUUUCUUUGAAUGUAAUUAAAUUUUUGUACACCUAGCUUAAAGUACUAGAAAUCAGUUCCUAUUUUCUGCUUAAAUUCAUUUACCUUUUAAAAUAAACCAUGGUAGGAUUGAUUAAUUUUGCAACAUUUACUUUGAAAUCCUAUAGUUCCGAUAUCAUCAGUCCAGAAAUAAAAAUCGGGGUAACAGAAUUCAUUGACAUGUACAGAGUGGCACCCAUAUACUUUCCUCCAAAUUUUCAAUAUCUAUGUAUGACAUGCUUUGAUUAAAUACCCUAAAAUACUUUCAAUAACUCCUUAGUAUAUGAUAAGCGGACGUAGCUAGAACGAAAGGGAUUCCUUUUACUCUAAAAUCGAAAUGGUGAUAAAAAAGAGUCUGGUUCUAUGUAUGUACCCAGUCAAUGUGCACAAAUUAUACGCACCGGAAACAAAAGGGGAACUCUACCAUGUCAAUGAAAGAAUAUCAAAACAAAAAAGCAGGACACAAUAGAUACUUUGGGUGAUACAAUAUCUACAUACAUACAUAUAUAGGUACAGGGUGUCCAAACAUAAGGUGACCCAUAUACUUUUCUCAAAAUUUUUAGAUUUUUGACCUUUGAAUUAUACGUGGUGUCCCAAUUCUGCAUUAUCGAGAUCAAUUUUGGAAUUUGAAAUGGAAAAAAAACCCUAUAUUUUAUUGCAUUUUUUCAUUUAGUAGUAAAAACAAAGGUAACUUUUAUUUGACCGAUCUAUUUGAUUUCCGCACGGUUUGGAUGAAAUCCAUUUUAUCAAAAAAGGCAACGCAUGAAACUGGGCCUAGGGCGGCAGCCAAACUAAGUCCGUCACUGGAAGUUUCUCGACGUGUAGGAAAUAGAUUGAAACAAUGUAGUUUAGAUUUGUCUUGUUUUCUUUUUCGCCCCUUUUCUUUUCUUGAUAAUUCUUUUUCUUCUAAAUGCAAUAGAUACUCAUCUUUUAAUUUUUCAUUAUGUUCUGUAGCAUUUUUGUAGCUUUCAAUUUGAUAAGGUAUAAAAAAACUAAUAUUGUAUAAUUAUAUAAGAUGGCAAAACUGAAAGUGUAACAAUAUUAAUUUUAUAUAAAAAAGUCACCACUUCAAAUGAAGCACUAUUCCACUUAAAGAUAUUAUAGAACUAACAGAACAAUACACACAAAAGCUGUCACAUUACAAAAUAUGACCCUCGUGGAAAAUUGAACAACUGCUUACUGGUAUAAAGUCAAAAAGGGGAACCUGUUUUUGAACGUAUCGCCGACUACUAUCCACAAAGUGAAAGUGGCACUUCCGUCAUCUAGUGGUAAAGAGUUGAAAUGGAGAAAUGACGGUUUUGAACUUGUAUAUUUAACUCAGUAAUUGCAUUUUUUGAGUUGUAACACUUUUUUAGUACGGGUGCCAUAUAUACUUCUACAUAUUUUGUACUUUCUGUCAAAUUAAUAACUUUUGUAAAUUGUUGUAAAAAUUUGUUCACUUUUUAAUUUUUCACUUUGAGCAAGUAUGUAUAACAGGAAUUGUAUAUUUUUUUCAUAUGUUAAAAUAACAUUUAGUAUAUUAAGAACCAACUUUCUAAAUAUAUACUUGAAAUCAUUUCAAUAUGUUGAAUAGUUUGCAAAAUUUUUUAUUCUGGUAAUCUCAAUUCAAAAAAAUAUAUCUAUAGAAACGCUGUAAAAUAAUUAUUUUUUGCUUAUAAUACUCUGUGCUACCCCUUUUGAUUUAAAAUUAUUAAAUCUGGUCCUAUUAUAAAAGUUUAAUUAAGUUUUAUGCGUGAUGUUUUUAUGGCUGUUUUGUAAAAUAUAUUGUUGAAUAAAUGUGUAUUUUUUUGAA